GAUUCGGAUUGUGAAGCCAAAGCCAGUACUUGUACAGUCGCGAAAGGACAGUCAGAAUGAAUUGAAAGAAGUGAAUAGUUGUUUAAUGUCGGUGUCGAAAAUAGCGUAAUGCGUAGAGCGUUAUUUGUUCUAACGAAUCGAAUUCAUAACGAUGCGGUGAUCUAAAGAAUGAUGUGAAUAAUUUUCUACCAUCAAAUGUGACAGAAAGUUCGAAAUUCGGCCAUUUUCGCCAGGCAAGAAUGAUGUGAUCCUUUUUUUUCUCUUCUCUUCUUCGAUUGAUAGUAUUUUCCGUCAUUGUUUUCCUUCUACAUCGAUCUCAUUUUAUUCGGCAUUUGUUGACGUAAUUUAACAACUUUUAAUUGAUAAGGCAUGUUGUCUGUGAUAUUAGCAUUCUAAGAGCCUACUUUCGUUUCGUAUAACACUCCGUGUUUUUUUAGUCAUUCUUGUAAAAAAAAAUUACUAAUAGGGUUACCUUUCUUAUUUUUAUAAUUUUUCUAUUCUACACAUAUCGGAAAUCGUUUAUUAAUUAAAAAUGGUGGCCACGUUAAUAGACGAGAGUCAAAAAGAAGAUACCUUUAUCGGAGAUAAAGCGGACUGUAUGAUUGAUAUGAAAGAGGAAGGACGUCGCAAACGCAGAAAGAAAAAGACAGCCAACAGUUUAGUAACGUCAUGUUUUCAUGAUCUAUAUAAAUUGAAAGGCGAAGUUUUAGGACAAGGAGCGUACGCAUCGGUGGAAACUUGCGUAAACAUGCUAACAGAUCUGGAAUACGCUGUAAAAAUUAUAGAUAAAGUGCCGGGACAUCCGAGAAAUCGAGUCUUCAAAGAGGUAGAAACGUACUACCAGUGCCAAGGGCAUCCCAAUAUUAUCCAGAUGCUGGAAUUUUUCGAAGACGACGACAGGUUCUACCUGGUGUUCGAGAAAGUAGACGGUGGGCAGUUAUUGAACCGUAUUCAAGAGAGGGAGCAUUUCACCGAAAGAGAAGCGAGCCAAAUUAUUCGCGACCUCGCCAAUGCGCUGAAUUUUCUUCACAAUAAAGGAAUAGCUCAUCGUGACUUGAAACCCGAAAACAUAUUGUGCGUUUACCGAAACCAGCUCAGCCCAGUGAAAAUAUGUGAUUUUGAUCUGGCUUCGGCCAUUCAAUUCAAUUCAGGUCAUAACGGUCCGAUGAGCACUCCGCAGUUGUUAUCACCGGUGGGAAGCGCCGAAUACAUGGCUCCGGAAGUAGUUGAAACGUUCAUCGGCGAAGAUUGUAAUUAUUACGACAAACGCUGCGAUAUGUGGUCUCUCGGAGUAGUUACCUACAUCCUUCUGUGUGGCUAUGCUCCAUUCUAUGGAAAUUGCGGUUACAACUGCGGCUGGGAACGUGGAGAAGCUUGCCAUACGUGCCAGGAGUUAUUAUUCUACAGCAUCCAGCAAGGCCGGUUCGAAUUUCCGGAAAAAGAUUGGAAAUACAUCUCGGACGACGCGAAGGAUCUAAUCCGAAAACUAUUGGUUAAAAACGCGCAUUGUCGAUUGAGCGCCGGCGAAGUUCUCAAACAUCCGUGGAUCAAUCCUGGUCCCAAAGAUAACGACUUCCUGGCCACUCCCGAAGUCAUCAAAAGAAACGAUAGUUUGAAAAAAUUGUCCACCUUCGCGGAAUCCGCCAUGUCUGUCAAUCGAGUGAUCGUUCAACACUUCAGCAUGAACUCCGUCGGACCAAUGCAGAAGGAUUCCAUUUACGGCCUUUCGCCUCCAUCGGAAUCGGCUCUAAUGCAAAGGCGUCAACGCAAGUGAAUCGAACCCGUGAUCCCCCCGCCCACCUCCCCACCCAUCUCUUUUGAUUAUCAUUAUUGUUUUUGUUCUCUUUUUUCCGUAUAAAUCGCUAAUAUCCGUUAAAAUUAAUUUUCUUAUCCAAUAAGAUGAUUUCUGUUUCUCGCUAAUUUUAAUCAAUCUACCACCUAGUAUCUAUGUAUGUAUGUUUUUUUUCUUUCUUUGUUUACGAAAGAAAAAAUAUUGAUCGAAUUAUGAAUUCGAGCCCGCAUCUUCCCAUCGUGACGUUCGUGUUUUCUAUCUAAAAACAGACGAGUUUUUAUUCAUCCGUAUUAAAAAGUUAAUGGUUAUGUUGCUAUAAUUUAUAAUUCAUUAUAGGUUUAUAAUAUGUACGUGAAAUUAAAAUUUAAAAAAAAAAAAAAAAAAAUUAUAAAACAAAAAAAAAUAAUGAAAAUUUUUAUAACGGUGAAAUCGCGAAAAAAAAAUCAGUUACUAACCAAAGAAAAAACGUUGUUUAUCAACUCUAUUUUCAAACGUUCGUACACGUCCGCAUCAAUCAAUUUUCUAUUUUAAUAGAUCGGUUCGAUAUUUUUGGAAAAACUAUAAUUUUUGCGAAUCACUUUACGAAACGUGCCACAAGUUUUUGAGAACUUUGACUGAUCUUGAGAAAUACAAAAUGUAUUUUCGGAUAAAGCACCGAUUUGGCUGUUUAUUUUGUUAGCUAUGUAUUUAUUCGAAUAAUAAUCAUCUUAUAUAGAAUUAUUAUAAUACUCUCUGUUGAACAUCGUCGGCGCGAGAUGCUUUUAUGUAUUCGUUUCGUACACACUGGUAGUGAUCACUCUAGAAAUAACAGUUGCAAGUUUCAUCUUCUUAGCAGUAUUAUAUGUGAAAAUAUUGACGCGAUGAGAUCUGUGGAUCCAGUGAUGUGAUAUUUAACGUGUUAUGUUAUGAAAUGUUAAUUUUAAUGACUAAAUUCAUUCUAAGUACGUAUUGUGAUCGCAUGUGUAACAAAAUAUGUUCGUCGUCUCGAAAGGUUUAUAUUAUUAUUUGAAAAUCGUACGCUUAUUAUGACGAUAAUUCCCUAGUAUUUAUGUUUCGAUAAAUUUGUUCGAGUACGUAAACGUAUUUUUAUUUAAAUCCAGUAACCCAAGGUUAGGUCUCGCAAGUCGAAAAAAUAUCUACGAGUAUUCGACUCUGUGUAUUACAUUUUGAUAAAUUUGAUUAUAAAGUGAUUUUUUCCCCUCAAAAAAAAAAAAAAAAAGCAUGGAGGAUUGAGAAAGUUGGUACGAAGAACUGCGUACUCGGUGACGCUUUUUGAAGGCUAGAUCUUUGAAAUAUUUUAGAAAAUUGUAUGAAAUUUUGACCAUUCUUGAAAAUUGAGAAAAUUGUUCGCGUUUAGGUACUUUCCAAUUUUGAAAUCGUUAUAAAUGACAAAUUUUACGCGACCAUUUUCAACAUGUACAGGGAAUUUUUGAAGGCUCAAACUGAACUGUUACCUUUCGAAACAUGUAAUGUAAAGUACACACUAGCCAUUUCAAAUCAAGUUUUUUUAAAUUUUGUAUUUUAUUUUUCGAUUUUGUGGACAAUCCGACAUCUCUCUCGCUACAUGUAUCGUAAUCGUGUGAUCAAACAUCGAUCAAUAACGUACUUCGAGUUUGGCCUAUACUGAAAUAGGAAAGAUAUACGCUUUUACAAUUAAUUAAUUUAAUGUUAGGCUAUAUAAACGAGAACCAGCUAUAAAAUGUAAUACACCGGCUGAUGAGGACUAGCCAUUGGGAAACUUAUUAUUAAUAAGUAUUUGAACUAAGUGAGCAAGGGAAAGAGGUAGGGAGACAUUUGAAAAACUAUUCGAACCCUAAUUCGCAAAAUUUGUCGCUAACAAUCAAAUUUGUACCAUUAAUUUAUACCUCCAACUUUUUUUAAUUUUGUUUUUUCUUUUACAUUCUUAUUUUUUUAAAUAUUAUUAUCGGUUCUUCCUUUUUUUUUUCCUUUUUGUAAAAAUGUUAGUGUGAUGAUGAAUCGAUACGUCGUCGUUGUCGUGUUGCUUCUGUAAUAUUAUUAAAAAAAAAAAAAAACUUCGUAAACCAAAACUUCGCGAUUGAUUAGAAAAUGCUCGGUUUUGCUUCGCAAGUCAAGCAUCGUCAGUAUUGCAGGGUAUAUUUUUUUUAAAUGGCGUAUUCGCUUACGCGAUGGUCUUUUUUUUACUAUACGAAAGUCGUUGGUUUUUGUAAUAAUUGUUAUCACAUGGAAAGUUUAAUGCUAGAAAAUACAUAUGUGUCGUAUGUAGGUAAUAUGUACAUCUUACACGUGUACAAUGUACAUAUUGAUGUAUGUAAUGUACACAUUCGUAGUUUACCCAGGCAAUACUACACCAAAGAGUCGGUGAUCGCGAAUUAGAAUUUUUCUCACAACCUAGAAUAGCUUGCGUAAAAUUGAAUAAAGAAAAAAAAACCACGGAAUACAAAAAUAGGCAGGAUGUAUCGAAUGUUGUGACAAUUUGUAUGUGUAUAAUAUUAAAGAUGUACGUAUACGUAACCGCGUAUCUUCGUAAUUACAAAAUACGUGUAAAUGUGCCAAUUGGAUAGAUGUAAAUGAUACAUACGAGUAUAGUAUAUAAUGUGUAGGCGAAGCAAUAUGAUUAAAACCUAUAAUUUUUAAGCGAAGAUCGGCGAUUUUAUUCAUCGAUGUUAUACCUUUUAUUUUCCUUCGUUUAUAUUGUGAAAUCAAAAUGAUGUACCUAUCGAAUACAAUGACGAAUUUUACGAUUACGAUUUCGUUAUCGCAUUUUUCGAGAAUACGCUCAGAACUGUUCGUUAUAUAUUUUAAAAUAUUUAUGACAGAUGUUACUUUUUGUAUUCUAGAUUGGAUUUGUACGUCGUUUGUUUACUUUGUUUGUUUGUUUGUUUUUUUUGUCAUUUUGAAACUAUUAAAAAAGAUUCGAUUUUCUUUCAA